AUGGCAAAACGUUUCUUCUUUUCAUUUCUAGUAGCUGCAUGCUCUGCUACCCACAUCUCAAGAUCGCCAUACGACAAGGCUGGCUACGGAAACUAUGAUGUUCAUCAUUUCGGAAGUAAUUACGACAGUGGUCACAAGGGACAUGGAAAAGAUCACUAUGACUACCAUGUAGAGGGAAAAGCAAAUAGUAAAUCGCACUACGGCAGCUCAGAUGAUGAUGGAAGUCACAGUUCUGGUGGACACCAUGAAGAAGAUGCUAAAAAACAUGCAGAAUCGUCAAGCAACUACGGAAAAGAUUUGAAGAUCAAAACCUAUGGGUACUUCGAUUACAAGUACAUUAGACCUCAAUUCCAUGUCGAAAAGUUCCAUUCGGAAGAAAAGCAUGCCAACAAGCACGGAGCUGACGCACAUUCACAAGCAGCUGAAAACAACAAGGAUAAAGACUACUACAGUAAGGGACACGAUGACUACUAUAACAAGUUUGGAAGAAACGGAGCUCACUACGGCGACUUCAAGUACGGAGUCUCUGGUCAUGGUUAUGAUGAAGGAGAUCACCACUUGAAGCAUGGUGGGUUUAUCAGACCUGUAAACGGUCCCGUGGAUAUCGGUGUAAAUUUCGUAACGAAUGAUCACGUUACUGCUGUGAUGCUGGAAAUAGUCUCUUCAUUGGAUAGCCUUAUGAAGAGUUUUGCUGCAGAGCUCAUUGUGACAGUAGUAAAGCACGGAAGAGCCACUUUAAUCUUGAAGGGUUUAUGCAAAUGUGCAGCUGCUGGUGGUCGUAAUGCUUCUCGUGCUACAAUGAACGAAGGAGCAUCUUUGAAACUUGCCCGAACUUGCAAAGAGUUUUUAGUGGAUUACAGCAAGUAUAGUGUGGACGUGAGAAGCUUCGCUUGUGAGAGGCUUUCUUACCUGUCUUUGGACGCGGAUGUUAAGGAGUGGAUCACAGCGGACUCGCAUCUUCUUCUGGCGUUGUUUUAUCUUGCGCAAUAUGCCGGCGUUCUUUUUACUUUGGCAUGUAUAUAUGUGAAUCUUACAAAUUCUUUCGAGAAACCGGAGGUGAAUAAGGAAAUGGUAAAGCUUGUACAAUUCGCCAAAUAUCAUGUGCUAGAGGUUCACCCGAAAGACACUGAUGACUACUUAGAGAAAACAGUUCGCUGCUUAGUAGAGGAGGGAGCUGUUGCAGCGUGUGUUGCAAUUAACAAAGCGGAAUCACAUAAGGCUCUGGAAUUAGUUGCCCGACCAAUGCUUGCGUUCUCGAAAAUUGAAGACUUACGAGGGCGAAUAAUUAGUGAAGGUGGAACAAAGCUUUGCCUUCGUUUGACAAAAGAAGCCACAUCCGAGGGAAAAAUUAAGGCUGCGCAUGCACUUGCGAAACUUAGAGCUAAGACUAAUCCAGAAAUAGCUUUCCCUGGACAGCGGGCGUAUGAAGUUGUUAAACCACUAUGUCAGCUCUUGCAUCCCAAUAUUGAAGGAAGAUCGAAUUAUGAUGCGUUAGUCACACUUACCAGUCUAGUUGGUUUUUCAUUUUUAUUCUUUUGUAGCGUGGUGAAACUCGAACUUUGCAUUGAAGAAUUCUGGUUCAUGACUGACCACCCUCAUCUUCGCGCAGCGGCUGCUGAACUUCUCCUCAAUCUUUUGUUUCUAGAUGAAUUUUUCAAUGACACUAUUAAGAAUGUGAAUGCCAGCAGUCGCAUUUUCGAGGAAAUUACAAGUUGGCCAGAGGUUCUGAAAGAAAUUUCCAUGCAUGAUGAUGCUGAGGCAAAAAGAGGUCUUGCUGCAGUCGAGAAGUUGGGUAUCGUAAAGCCAACAGGUAGGGAGCUAUAUGAGAGGACCACACGGAUUUCAACAAUACCGAAGCAGUAA